GUUUACACGAACACCUUCCUCUUUCGUUUUCUCGCUACUUAGCCCAACUGCGAAAGCUCUGAGAGAUGCCGAAUGUGAAAUUAGCAAUCCGCUAUUGGCGCAUUUUUGAGAAAUACAGCUUUCCCCCCCUUGCCUAUGACUGUAUCCAUUUACCUUCUCUCAGUGUAUUACCAGCUGCCUUUUGGUGGUCUCAUCAACACCUACAUUGCAGAUUGAUUACUACCAGGUCUUUUGUACAAAGCAAAAAAGGCUUUCCACCUUAUAGGUCAAACUAUGAGUGCUCUCCAAAGCCUCAAGAAACUUUAAUUAAUACACCAGUAGAAGUAAAAACAACAGAUGUGGACCAUUUGAAGCUAGAAGAGGACACAAGUGCUUAUGUUAACCUGGGAUUCAGUCCUGCUGAGAUAACACAGCUAUUUAGGUUGCAGCUGGAUGUACCUUUUCAGUCAAAACUGACUGCAAUUUCAGAAUUACUCCUAUUGGGUUUAAGCAUUUCCACAAUAUUGAAGACCCUAGAAAAGAAGCCUGAACUGCUGAGAAUGCCACCAAAACAUUUGAAGGAACGUGCAGAUCUUCUGAGGAGACUUGACUUAGAUGCAGGAGGCGUUAACCAGGUGGCAGUACAUUUUCCAAGUAUCUUUACAGUGCCACACAAGAGAAUCAAAUCCCUAGAGAAUCUCCUUAAAGAAAAAUGUCUCUUCACAAUGGCACAAGUAUCAAAAAUUCUACGAACAACUCCACAGCUCCUUUUAGAAGAUUUAAAUGAUGUAGAAUACAAAUUCCAGUUUGCAUAUUUCAGGAUGGGAAUUAAACAUGGAGAAAUAGUGCAGUCUGGUUUCUUCCAAGCAUCACUGGCUGAAAUAAAUAAGCGAAUAAAUUUUUUGGAGCGGUUGGGACGCUAUCAAACUCCUGAUAAGAAAGGACAGACUCAAAUUGUCAAUCCCAAACUGAAAAGACUUAUCAGAGCUUCUGAACAGGAUUUUGUGACUGAAAUAGCCUGUUCCUCAAUUGAAGAAUAUGAGGUCUUUAAGAAGUUGCUGGCCGAUGAAGAAGAGCAGAGGAGGCAACAGGAGGAAGCAAUGGAAGAAUUCUCAGAUUCGGAGCAUGAUGAUGAAACUGAUUCUGAAUAAUUUUGUAAUUAAAAGUUUUUGCUAUCUGGUAGUAGUAGCAUUUCUUGCCUUUUUAAGAUAGGAAGGAGGGAGCUGAUAGAUACUCCUGAUAAUAGAAAAAGUAAUACUUGUGAAUAUUUUUAAAUGAGUUAUUAAAAAUAAAAGGCAGGUUGGCAAAUCAAACUCAAAAUAUCAAUUCAUAAAUAUGGCUUUAAAUAAAGUUUCUAAAUGGUAGCCUUAUUUGAAAAGAAAUGGUUUUUUGUAAAUGCAAUUUUUAUAGCUAUCUCCAGGAAUCCUUUCAUUCUUAAAAAAAAGCAGAAUGACUUUGAAAUAUAUAUUUGGUCUAAAAUGGAAAAAAAAAACACAAGGUAACUUUAAUAAAAUAAAACCUUUUUAGUUUAUUGGUGCAUUACAUAUGCCUUGACCUGACUACAGAGUACUGGAUUGAUAAUGGUCCUCUUCUGCCUUAAGACAGUCUUUGGGGAAAACAAUGUGACAAAAAAGGAACAAGCAAUAAAGAUCUGUCAUACCCUUUGUCUUCUGCAGAUACUAUUUUAAAACUUUACUUUGGAUUUUGAAAAAUGUAAUAUUUUGACGCUACCCCUUCUUUGUUCUCUUUAGUCUUGGAAACUUUGAUAUUCUAGUUAAAAGGUGAGAUAGUUCUCAUAAGCCAAAUAUGUAGCAUAACUGCAGUGCUGAUGUGGUUGUGCAAAAUUCCAAGGAUUUCACUUCCUUCUUCCUUUCAUGUAGUCUUCCUAACACACAUUUUCUGCUGACCACGCUCAGUUCUCAUUUAGUUAUUUUUUUCCAGAUUCUGUCACACCAGAAAUAGAGGGAACAAUACACCAAUUCAACCUAGCAAUGUAAAUGAACGUGCAAAUAUUUCUGCUGGCUACACUGAGUUUAGCAGAAGACUACUGGGUUUUUAAAAGUUGUAAUUCUACAUUUUUAAUGCAAUCUGUGGCCCUUUAGUGUUGUGCCAUCCCCCAUCAGGGAAAAGAAUCACAAAUGGACUGUAUCACCCAUUACUCACAGCACACAUAAAUAACUUAUGUAGGAAUGCGACUAAGCAUCUCUUGAGGACUUCUAGGGUUUUAAAUUUUUUAUUUAUUAAUUUUUUAUACCACCAAUCUCCCCUACAAGGUGACUCUGGGCAGCUUAAAAGUUAUAAAACAAGUAAAAAUUAGUUAAAGAAUUAAAAGAAUGAAGGAACUUUGGAACCACUUUGUGCUAUUUCUGCCAAUAGCAAGGAUUAUUGUCUUUCCAAUUAGAAAAAUAUCCCCUUUUCAAUAUGCUCCUCUAUGCUAAAUAAACAAUAUUUACAGCUCUUAAAAUUUGCCAUGAAUUAUGUUGCAGCAACGGCUGUGCCUUUUCUGCAAUAAACCAAUACCUGCCAGAAUAGUAAUUUAAAACUAUGACUUUCUAGUUGUAUUGCUUUAUAAAACACAAUAUAUGUCUAUUAACACAACCUUAUUGUUUUAACUAGUCAAACGGUUCACAAAGGCUAGGCUAAGGCUUUUUGAAGGCUAGUCAUCGUGUUUUGCAAAAUAAACACCUCUGAAGAGGGAUGGAAGUCUUUUUUUCCCAUCGGCAUCUCAAUUUUCUCUUUUAAGACUAUCAAAAGAAAUCCUUUACCUAUUAAACAUUAAGGUUUUCAGUAAAAUUCUUUAUGAAAGCACAGAAACCUUCAUAAACAGCAUUUGGAGGCCGAACAACCAAGUCUUUGGUUUUUCUAAAAGACAGAGUCCUCUAUUGCUGCCGCCCGCCAGUUUUUUUCUUAUUCUAAUUUCUGAAGUGCUGAUAAUUUGUUAGCAAUAAGGAAUUUAGGGAGCUGGCUAAACAAAUUGGAUAAUUUUUCAUUUACAUUAAUUUUGCCAAGGAACAAAAAAAAACCAAAAAACAAAACCCAACGCUUUGUAUAUGUGGUUUUAAAUGUUUGAGGAUCAAUUUCUGAGGCAAUAAGAUUUGUUUUUAGGUUAUAAAGAGAACACUUUUUUUUCCAGGACUCAGGUUUAAGGCAGUCCAUAAAUCAGAUUAUUUGUCCAAAUCUCAAAUGCUGUUAAGCUUGAGUACUGUUCUGCAGGUAGCUUGCAAAAGAACUUUUACUCAAUUUAUAUAAUGAAAUUAAAUCCUGUGAUGAAAAGAAACUCGAAAUGAAAGUGAGAUAUUAUAAUCUUUCUGAAGAGAAGGGGCUACAUAGCUCUUGAACAAAAAAGAUGGGAAGUCCUUUGUUCCAGCUGUUCCCCCACUCUUUAAAAAAAAAACCAGUUGACAUGAUGAAGCUAUUGUAUCCUUGGGAUGAAGUGGAGCUGAAAACAAUCUAGAUUGUUUGGUAUUGCAAGUACUGAUGUAAUGAUUCUCCAUUUCAUGCCAAAUAUUUGUAUUUCAAUUGUAAAUUAAUAAAUGGAUUUGUUCUCUAUUCACAUUGCAAUUAAAAUCUGUAGCAGAUCACUGUUAUUCCUUGAGAGCAGUUCCUUGGUACUUCAAAAGCAAGUAGGAUCUCAGUGAGGAAUUCUGUUGGUACAACUCUGGCACUUAUCAGUAGAAGACUUAAUGGAGGGAAUCUUCCUCUUCCAUUUAAGGAUUGAGACACAACCUUAAAAUGAGAGACUGUUUUCCAUCAGCCAUUAUCAAAUAAGCACUAUAGGAAGCAGAAAUAAAAGCUGUAAUACAAUAUAUUUAAAAAGGUGAGGCAUACUGUGGCUGAAUAAACCUGGAAAAAGGUACUUUGCAACUUAAGAGAAAACAUACAAAGCACUUAUUUUCAAACUGUUAAAACUGCAAGACUGACAUGGUUAUUUUGUGAGCUGUUCCUAGCUGUCUGUACAUAUACAUGCAUGCAGUUAGAAACAUCUUCCAGAGUAGCUGCAUGAAUAAUUUGAUUGCUCUAAUGAAUUGAAAAUACAUUUCUAUACAGUAUGUUAUGAAACAUUGCUUUGGUUAGCUUUGCUUAGCUCUGUAAUACAUGUAAAUAUAAAUGCAAUGUAUACUAUAUAUAAAUGUUACAUAAAUCUAAAUGUAUAUAUUUUUCUUA